GCGGCGGCGGGCCGGGCCUGUGCACAAUAAACGGUUGCUAAUGCCGCCGCCUCCUUCGCUGCCGCCGCUCGCCUACUCCGCCCCGCCGGCAGGGGGCGCGCAGCGGGCGGGCGAGCGAGUUUGCGCGGUGCGCGCAGAAGGGGCGGGCGCGGCGCGUGCGCGACGCAUGCGCGGCGGCGCGACACGGCACGUGAAGGUCGCGGCGCGGCGGUAUCGGUAAUACUGGUAGCGGGAUGGACGUACCGUCCGCUGCCGGGCUGGGCGGCGCCGACCCCCAGCUCCAGCGCUUCAUCGAGGUGGAGACGCAGAAGCAGCGCUUCCAACAGCUGGUGCACCAGAUGACCGAGCUCUGUUGGGAGAAGUGCAUGGACAAGCCAGGUCCGAAGCUGGACAGCCGGGCUGAGACGUGCUUCGUGAACUGCGUGGAGCGCUUCAUCGACACCAGCCAGUUCAUCCUGAACCGGCUGGAGCAGACGCAGAAGUCCAAGUCGGCCUUCUCAGAAAGCUUGUCUGACUGAGUGGGACCUGCGCCCUGGGGGAUGCUGGCCAGCCCCCCAUGAAGCCAGGCCUUCUGCCACGCUGACUCCUGGUCACUCUGCUCCCUGAAUAAGCCAGAAUCAGCUCUGGGGUUUAGGAUUUAAUUAAAUGCCAGUCUUGGGGAAGUUGCAGCCAGAUGAAAGCCCACGACAGAGAUACAGUUGCUCCUCAUCGGGGUGAUGUGCAGCUCCCAGCCCUGCAGGCCAGCAGUUGUCUUUGUGCUGGGACUCUGGGGCUACCGAUGCUAUGCAGGGAGUGUUUGGAACACACCCGCUCAGCUGAACGGAGGGGUGGUGACACUCCUGUCAGGGGGUGCUCCCAGUGCUGAUGUGAAUCUCAGCUCUGGGCAAGGCCAGCCUGCAACUGCUGCCUUAAAAAGUGCUGUGCAAAGCGAACCCUCCUGGGUAGGCAAUAACAAGCCCUGCAGGUGCCAUCAGUGUGUGGUCCAGUACAGGUGCCCUUAGCGACAAAAGCUUGUUGGACAUGGUGAUCAUCCCAGGCAGUGUCACUACUGGAAAAUCCUUUCAGGCUUCCAUAGGUAAAUCAUUCAUGUGGCCAAGUGACAAAUUUUCAACUCUGUCAGUACUGACUUGCUCCAUUAACUGCUUUCCCCUGGUCAAUGUAAUAAAUAUUAACUGGGUCAAUUUUUAACAUGAUAUUCUCCUUUGUUCAGGUAGAUGACCUCUGAGAAUUGUAAAUCUAGCCUUCUUGUCGGUCCUCCUCCUUCCCAGUGAUCCUUUUUAUUGCAAAAUUAGUAGGGAAGGGGCAUAAUUGUCUUCUGGCCAGAAGGUCUGCUCUGAAUUCUGAUUUGUUGCUCAAUUAAUUUGGUCCCAUGAAUCAAACUUGCUUCUGGGAGAGACUGUGGCCUCUCCUCAUCUUCCCCAAGGGUUAACAGCUCCUGCUGUCCUGUAAAGGAGUAGUUUCUUUAGAGACUAAAUGCAGGAAAUAAGUAACCAUCUCCUUUAAAACCUGAUGCACCUUUACCUGUGGACAUCACUGGAGGGAGGCAUAUGGUUGUGUCUUCCGGACCUCUGCCCCAGGACACAGAGAGGAGCUUUUAACUGGAAAAACAACAAACUACUGAUCUGCCCUCUGGAAAGGCAGCAUAGCAUUUCAGCAGUGUUUACGUACAGCGUGGCUCUGGGAAGCCUGGAGUGACCCACUGAUAGUGGGUUGGAGCUCUGCACAGGAACCUGGAAAAGCAGUUCUGCACACGUCCAUUUGUCGUGGGUGGCUGGACAGGGUGUGUGAGUUGCUAACACAGAUGGCUUGUAGCCAGCAACCUUCCUGGGAACAAAAUCAGGAUGUGUUAAACAGAGCUAUGCAGAUAUAAACCCACAAAAGCAAGGACACAGCUGUCUAGUUAUCUUUCAGAAACCUACCUCAAUAGUUAAGGACUCUUAGGUCACUCCCGUUCCCAACAGUAAGUGACUCCCUUUCCUGUCCCUAUCUUGAGUUUCUCCCAAGCUUCCCCACAGUUCUUCCUACCCCUUCAUGCCUUUCAGCACUGGCCCAGCUCUUGGUACAAAUGUAUCACUAGCCACUCCGUAACUGAACAAAUUGGUUUUUAAUAGAAUACAGUUGUGCGAAGAGGUUGGUCCCUCUUUAAGAGGCACAGCAGCAUGUGGCAGCACCACUGAAGUUUUGCAGUUUUGGCUGUAUUCUGUUCUUGGAUGUGAAUCUGUAAAUAAAUUCUAGCAGAGUGAGCA